GGAUUUGGUUGCUUCAUGAGCCGAAGGUCAUGUGCCUCUGUUGGAAGACUGGGCCUGUGAAAGCCACAUAUAUGGCCCAUAAUAAUAUGAGCAAUAUUGCAGCUAGCCCGAUGUCAAAUGUUGCCUCUUCAAGCAGCGGAAGAGGGACAGGGAAAUCAACAAGCUUUACUCCUGAACUGCAAAGUAUGAUGUUUUCCUUAGGGGAUGUUCGCAGACCCCUUCAUGAAACAGCAGUAUUAGUGGAAGAUAUCAUCCACAGGCAGCUGAUUAAUUUGUUGCAGCAAGCAGCUGAAGUUUCUCAGCUGAGAGGAGCUCGGGUCAUCUCUGCUGAAGAUCUUCUGUUUUUGAUGCGCAAAGAUAAGAAAAAGCUUAGAAGGCUGCUCAAAUAUAUGUUCUUCCGAGACUACAAAUCUAAAAUUGUCAAAGGCAUUGAAGAAGACGAUCUCCUUGAAGACAAAUUCAACAGUAGCAGUGUCAACAAACGUCAGAAGCUGGCUCAAGACUUUCUCAACUCUAUUGAUCAGACUGGGGAGCUCUUGGCUAUGUUUGAAGAUGAUGAGAUUGAUGAUGUUAAACAAGAGCGGAUGGAGAGAGCAGAAAGACAAACACGAAUGAUGGACUCAGCCCAGUACGCAGAAUUUUGUGAAAGUCGUCAGUUAAGCUUUUCCAAGAAAGCUUCCAAGUUUCGUGAUUGGCUGGACUGCAGCAGCAUGGAAAUAAAACCAAAUGCAGUUGCUAUGGAGAUUUUGGCAUAUUUAGCAUAUGAGACUGUGGCACAGUUGGUGGACUUGGCUCUUUUGGUCAAACAGGAUAUGGCUCCCAAAGCAGGUGAUCCAUUCAGUCAUGCAAUAUCUGCUACUUUUAUACAGUAUCCCAGUUCUGCUGAGCCACAUCUCUUAGGCCAGACCACAAAUAUGAAGAGUAAUCUUGACUCCCCCGAAAACACACCACCUCCUACGCCCACUCCGCCAGCAUCAGCAGGACCACAACACCUUGGGAAAACCCUGUCCGGAGCCCUGGGGAAUGGGGGCAUUGGACAAGACUCCACCAAAGUCAAACAAAGAAAAAGAAAAAAGAGCACUGCAGCUUGUGGUAUAGAGGCUCAAAGCGAUGCCAUCCAGCCCUGCCACAUCAGAGAGGCCAUUCGGCGCUACAGCCACAAGAUUGGCCCCCUUUCCCCAUUCACACAAAAAUUACACUUAAGACCCAAACCGGAAAAACAAAGUGCCUACCGCAGAAAUGGGAUGACUUUUCUAGCCUGUUAGUAUGGAUGUGGCUGCAGUGACAGGAAAGGCAGUGUUAUAUUAAGGUGAUUUUCUUUUCCCCUCCAUGGAAGAAAAAAAAUACAAGCUCUAAUGUGUCUGUGUACCAGUGAGUGGGCUGGUUUGUUGUGACUAUCUACUGGCUGACUCCGUCUCUUUUUCCAGCCCCCUCAAUCAUUAUUCUUGUUUACUAGCUGGAAUGCUAAGCUAAUUAAUGGCAGGAUGUUUGGGAUAGUGUGUAGGUGGACAAGAAUGCAGAUCACACAAUUUGGAAAUUUGCAAUGGGCUUACUUCUGUCAGCCCCCAUAUCUAAAGUGCAGUGUCAUUUUUUAUUUUUGAAGUCUGUAUGUUUUAAUAGAUGUGUUGUUUUGUAAAGCAGGUUUGAGGCAAAAAGAGGCCAAGGAUGUGGAUGAUGAUUUAUACUUGCCUUGUUUUUUCAAAAGUAAAACUGCAUUGUUUUGCAUGUAAUUCCUCUCAAAUCAAUUUUUUAGACAAUGCUAAAGAAUAAUACCCUGUCUAGCCAAACAAGGCGUUUUUCAGUGAGGAUGAUGCAUAGGAGGGGAGAUGAGCUAAGUUCAGAUAAGAAGCCUUUACAGAUAGGAAGACUUCAAGUAAAUGACUUCAGGUCUUCUUGUUUCAGUUAAAUAUUAGCAUUUUUAGAGUCUCAAUCAGCAGAGUAUUUCUUUUGAUUUUAAUGAUCAUUUGAUCUGUCCUUUUGGCCCCCGUUCACAAGGUACUUAAACAUGUAUAACUUUAAGCAUAGUUUCUGUUGACUUCAAUGGGACUACUCAAGUACCUAAAGUUACAGCCCUGCUUAAGUGCUCUGCUGUACGGACCUGAUCCUGUUAAUGUUAAUGGGAGAAAAUCCAGGCCCUUAUUUAUUUUUAAUUUCUGUUGCUCUGCUUUGAUUUUUUUCUUUUGGUUUGAUUUGGGGUUUUGUUUUGUUUCUUCAAACUCUGACUCUCCCUUUAGCCCUCUUCCCUUCUCUGCUCUUCCAGUCUUUGAUAUCUUCACAAGCACAUUCAUUUCUUCCCAUGGAAAGUGUACAUAUAUAGAAGUAACCAAGGUCACGCUUGAGGAGAUAAAAAGGCUUAGGCCCAGAUUCUGCAUCAGAAUCUGCUACUGUGCCCCUAUGGCAUCCCAUUGGUACAGAAGUCAGUGCUAGUGUAUCCCAAAGCAGAGUCAGGGCCUUAAACCUUUAAGAAAGACAGAACACUCAGGAGACCUGGGAGAUCAGCUGUCUGCAUUACUUCUAUAUAGUGUAAGCAGUCUCCUCCUUUGUGCUUAGUAUGUGAGGUUUCAACUCCUGCCACUUCUCUGAUACAGUCUUAUACUUUAUAAAUGUUUUCAUUGGACGGUACCUGGACCCACUUGCGAAAAAAAAAAAUUAAACUGAAAACAUGUGUCUCUUCCUUGUGAUCAAGAAAUUGUGAAGCAUUGUAAAUGUAAUCAUAGUGCAUCCAAUAUUUCUGCCAUCCAUAAACUCCCUCCUUUUUUACCUGCUGCAUGCCAGUCCUUCUGGAAUUAAUCUGUAUGUAAAGGACUAAAAAUAAUGUGUACAAUACAGUGUAUUAAAAAAGAAAAGUUUUCUGAUGUUCCAUCUGUGCUUGUUGAAAUGUAUGAUUAAACUUUUCUUUUUAUCAUCA